AUGGACUCCAUUUAUUGUCCCAGUCUCAGCUGCCAAAGUGAAACACAGAGUCCAGAGGUGACUUGGUACCAGAAUGGAAAACUCCUUUCUGCGGAAAAGAGCAGCUCAAUUUUAGUGGAUGACACCUACGUCUAUCACCAGGGCACAUACGUGUGUGAUUAUACCCCACCAGACCCUGCCAGCUUGAGUACCCUCAGAGACGUUGUUCAAGUGCUGACCAUUGUGGAAGACACUAAAUUCAAGCCAGAUAUUCUGGAUCCCGUCCAGGACACACUGGAAGUAGAACUUGGAAAGUCUUUAACUCUUCGCUGCAAAGCACGAUUUGGCUUCGAAAAGCUCUUUAGACCUGUGAUAAAGUGGUACAUCCAAGAUGCCGACCGGGAGUGGGAAGCCCCAAAUUCUGAGAAGAAAAGGAGGAUGCCAGUGGCUGUGUGGGAGUUUGUGAAUGAAGAAGUGAAUGGACCGGCUAGUUUACCGUCCAUGGCUCCCUCCGGACUUGAUUUUCGACAGUCCCAGGUUCAGGGGAGAUGCUGUUUCUGGUGGCAGGAAGCGGUGCUGGGUGUGGGCUGCGGGUGGCCUUGGCCCGGGAGCGCUGCUGCUGCUGCUCACGGCUCCCCUGUCCCCCCAGUGCUGUUCCUGUACAUCCUGCUGGGCACCGUCAUGACCCUGGUGGGCACACUGGCAGCAGGCGCCCUCAUCUACCUGUACUGGAUUGAAAUGAUGUUGCUGUGCCGGAGCUGCCGGAGCCAGGACGAGACUCUCAGGGAUAAAAAGGAAUUCGAUGCUUUCGUAUCCUACGCAAAACGGAGCUCUUUGGAGAGUGAAGCCUCUUCAGCUCCGAGUGAGGAGCACUUGGCCUUGAAUCUGUUUCCUGAAGUUCUGGAAAACAAAUAUGGAUACACUUUGUGCUUGCUUGAGAGAGAUGUGGUCCCCGGAGGAGUGUAUGCGGAAGACGUCGUGAGCAUUAUUAAGAAGAGCAGAAGAGGAAUAUUUAUCUUGAGCCCCAACUAUGUCAAUGGACCCAGUGUCUUUGAACUCCAAGCAGCGGUGAAUCUUGCCUUGGAUGAUCAAACGCUGAAACUAAUUUUAAUUGAGUUCCGUUCCUUCCAAGAGCCAGAGUCUCUACCUCAUCUUGUGAAAAAAGCUCUCAGGGUUUUACCCACAGUCACUUGGAAAGGCUUCAAAUCAGUUCGUCCCAAUUCCAGAUUCUGGACACAAAUGCGCUACCACAUGCCUGUUAAAAACUCCAGAAGAUUCAAAUAGAACCAGCUCAGAAUUAGCUCAAGGAUUUUUUCCCCCCACACUGGAAAAGAUUCCACAGAACAGAAACCACUGGGAGGAGCUGCAGCCUAGGGAUGGCAAACCCAGCUAGAAACCCCUUCCUCGCCAGCCUCGGGGAGGAGAGAUGUGCAUGGGCAGAAGGUUAACAGAGAUUUACUAAUGGAAAGUUGAGUGUCUUUCUGCCGGCCCCAAGCAAACUGGACAGGCACUGGAGGGAGACGGAGUCUGUGGACUAGAGCCAUUGCUCCUCUGGACUGGACAGGGGGAGACUGAUUUGUCACGCACACCCCCAAGGUUUUCCAACACUUCUGAGCUGAAUCAGCAGAUGCAGCUGCUUCUGCUCUGUGGCUAGGGACUGUCCUAGCUGCUGUGGACCUAUG